ACUGUGACGAGACUAGUUUGACUGUGCACCUGUACUGUAGUUUCUUACAAUGGCUAUCCCGGAAGAAAACAAUUAAGAUCUUUACACAGAACUAGAUUUAGUCCAAUGUGUCAUAGUUUGGUCAUUUUAAUUAAAGUAUUAUGCGAACAAACUUUGACACAUUGUUCAUUGGAUAUUCAUCACAUUUCUAUUAUUCAUUUAUUGGCAAAGAAUGGUUUUGUCAUGAUGGAGAUGCUACCUCAUUGUUGUAAGAAAAAUGCAGCCUCAUUGUCAAGAGCCAGAGGUCUGCGAUUAUCUAUCUAUUUCUAUGUUUUGAUCUUGUUUUGGACUUUGACAUUGAUAGGUGGUCAAAUCACGCCCCCACCACCAAUAGGUGAUAAGCCUGUGAUAUCAGACAACAGAAUCUGGUAUUUGAACCAUAUCCCAGAAAGAUGCAGGCCUCCUAUAAUAGACAGAUUUAAUGGUGGUGGAAUUAUUAAUGAUAGCAGGGCCCUUAUCAAGGCACACAACCCGCAUAUCAUUAGAGGCAACAUUGAGAUCACCCCAAGAGGAUGUUUGUAUAUCGAGCCUGGCUGCAUUUUGAAAUUUGCUCCUGGUAUGGGCAUGAUUGUAAAUGGAACUCUGAUAGCUAGGGGAAGCUAUGAUCCUGGAGGUCGUAUUACAAUGACUAAAGCUGAAGGUGAGGACCUGGGUAAACCCAGUGGUAACUGGCAGGAUGAUGCAAGACUCAGUAUGGGUAAUACAACAAGAGAUGGGCGGCUUGAUCUCAAAUUUAAAUACAAGUGGAGAGCUGUCUGCACAAACUACAACAACUUUACAGCCAUUGAUGCCAAUGUAACAUGCCGGCAUCUGGGUUUUUUGAAAGGUAACUUCACAUAUCAUUCAUUUGCCCGCAACUUGACUGACUAUAUCUUGUGGGAGAAACCUGAUUGCAAAGGAGGGGAGAAUAACUUGUUUGACUGCCCUGGUGCUGUGAAUAUGCAAAUUGGAAGGCACAUUUGUGAUGGUCAGGAAGUGAUUGGUUUUGAGUGUGAAGGCUUACGUCCAGGAUUGGCACUUGAUCAUUGGAGAAGUAUUGAAUUUUAUAAUUCAAGUACAGAGCCACGCUAUCAGCUCCUAGAUAACAAAAGAGUUUACAUGAAUGAGUCUUUGUCUUUUCUUGAAUAUCUGGAUAUCAGCUACACUGGCCUAGACACAUUCCAUGGGAAAACUUCAGAGCCAAAUAUUUUUUAUCAGAAAGCAGCCAUCAGUGCCAGCCCUUAUGUUCCCAUGAUGAACAAUAUCACAAUUCGCUAUAGUGCUUAUGAUGCUUUGAACUUGACUGAGGUUGUCAGCCCUAUCCAUAUAGCCAACUCAACCAUCUCUUACAAUAGAGGUUAUGGCAUGUUCAUUCAGUCAUCUAUUGGAAGAACCUUGGUGAACAUGACUGAAGUCAACAACAAUUGGGGAGAUGGCAUCAAAUUUUACAUCAGUAAUUUGACUAUAUUUGAUUUUCGCAUCAAGUUUCCUCCAGAGAAGUCAUUCUGUGCCCAAGUCAACACAGAGGAUGUGACCUAUCCAUUCUUUCAACACAUGGACUUGGUACAAGUUGAUGGGGGUCAAGCUACUUCUGUUGCUAUUGGUGGAAACUGUGAGAGGAGUUUUUCUACGUCUCCCAACAUGAAAAUAACAGUUCACUUUAUGAUCAUUGAACGAGAUCCUGUAGCUAAUGGAACUUUGACAUUCAUGGAAUCCGGCUAUCCAAAUAUUGUAUUUAACAUUGAAAAUGGUUCAUUUCCUGAAUCAUAUACAUCAAAAACAAACAGAAUAUCAGUCAGAUUUGUGUACAGAAUUCCACAGAAUAAGAUUUGCAAAGUACUUCUGUCUUGUAUUAGAUUUUUGAUGCAAUUUACUUCAGAUUAUGAUGUUGAUGAAGAGUUUCGACUUAUUAUGUCCAGUGUCCAUGAUAAUAUUGGCUAUGGUGUCAAUAUACAAGACAUGCGCAGCAAAAUUCGCAUUAGUAAUGAGACCAUGAUCUACAACAACCACUUUGGGGCUGGUGUAUUAGUUUACAAAGGUGCUGGAGAAAUCAUCAUCAAUGGCACUCGUAUUUCUAAUAAUGCUGAUGCAGGUGUCAAUGUGACCUACUCUGGGGGUUAUCAGCUUUAUAACAACACACAAUUCAUCAGUAAUAAAGGCUAUGGUCUCAUUACUGAAUAUUCUCGGAUCAAUCGCACUCGUUUUGAGUCCAGAAAUAUUAUUGAGAUAGUUAGAGCCCAAUUCAUGUGGAAUGAACUCAUAGGCUUGAGGAUGGGAAACUAUUGCAAAGGUGGUGAGAUCCUCGUUAAUGAGUCCUACUUUGGCUUCAACUAUGAUGAGGCUUUUGAAUAUCUCUCAUGUAACAGAUCCACAAUGUUCAAAACCAAACUGAAGAUAGCUUUUAACAUAUUUGACAAUAACUUCCGGCAUGCUAUUCUCAUGAGGCCUUUACUGAACACUGAUGGCCUUAUUACUAACAAUACUUUUGUUAACCAUACAUUGGCAACUAUUCGUAUUGACAAUGGCUAUGAUUUACUGAUAAGUAGGUGGUAUAGAGACUUUCCUGUGUCUUUUAACAUGUUUGAGAAUAAUUUCAAAGAAAACACAGGCAGAUAUGUUGCCAACUUUAGGCUGACACAAAAUAGUGCUGUUCAGUAUCUGGACUGCAAGUUCAACUAUUUCCAGAACAAUCGAAUCAAUGAUUCGUUUAUGUACCUCAACCCCAGGAGUAGAGCCAAUGCUGUCGUUGUAGUGUCAUCAACCAAUAUUAGGCUGAAGAGAAACUACAUUGACAACCCUGAAUCUGUUAGAGAGCUUGCGACCCAUCUGGUUGACCCUUCCAUUUCAAUCAAUGCUGAAGAAAACUAUUGGGGAAUUGAUAUUAAUGCUCAGGCUGAUUAUGCCAAAGUAUACAAGGGAAUUUUUGAUCAGGAUGAAAGGUUUAAUUUAGCAAAAAUAGACUUCCAUCCAUCACUGAGAACAUCCAGACUCUAUGAUGACUUUCUAAGCACCAAUGUUCCUGAGUAUGUCUGGAAGUUUCAGAGAGGAAACAACAUUGGUGGAGUUCUGGAAGACACACAGUUUACUGUACGCUCAGGACAGACAUUUUAUGUUGAUAAGGAUAUAUAUGUCAUGAAAGAUAAGAAAUUAAUUCUGGAACCAAAUAGUAUUCUUAAAUUUGGUCCAUCUAUUGGAAUGGUAGUCCACGGACUACUGAAAGCUGAUGGAAAAGUCUUGGGCUCACCAGUGAUCUUAGAUAUUGAUGAUGACAGCUCUGAGUUUGUUCCCAUGGAAAAUAGAACUACCAACAUUCGAUUGGUAGAUGGAGAGAAUGAAUUUGAAGGCAGACUGGAAGUGGAGAUAAAUGACCAAUGGGGAACAGUUUGUAAUGAUGGUUGGAUAGAAGAAAAUUCUUUGUUAGUUUGCCAACAGCUGGGCCUUGCACUGAAUCGAGAUUAUCCACUAGCUCGAGUACAGCGCCGUGCACCUGAUAGUACCCCAGUUCUCAUGAACUGGGUCUCAUGUGAUGAGACUGAUGUAGACUUCACAAAGUGCCGAUCAGUUAAUGAAGAUGCUCCUACAUGCAGCCAUGACAAGGAUGUUUACAUUAAAUGCUUUAAACCAACCUGGGCAGGGAUCACUUUAGCUGCAGCCUACAGACAUGAUCAGAACACACCCAUGCAGGAUGAAUCUCAAAUUCGUCAUGUACAAAUUUUCAAUGCUGGACUCCUUGACCCAGACACUGGGACCUUGACACCUGCCCUCCGCAUUGACUACAACUACUACCAGAUAUCUCACCUGACUGUGAACAACUCCAUGUCUGAUGGUGUUUUCAUUUCCUAUGCCCAUCCUUACCUUAAUAAUUUCAUGGAGUAUCUAACUUCAAUAAACAAUGCUGGCAAUGGCAUAGUAACCAAGUCGCCCAGACUGCUGCUAAACCACUCAAGAAUUGAUAAUAACUUGAAAGCUGGGUUUCUCUAUGACCCAUUCUUUACAGAGUAUGAUGUGCUCUUGAUUAGGAACAUGAUAUAUCCCACAAGGCGAAUCAGCAUGUUUGAAGUACCACAACACAUUCUGACACAGGAAGGUCAGAUCAUGUUUCUAAUCUGCUCUCCUGGAAACUCUAUAGAAGUGAAGGAAUACAUUGUGGAAGUUAAAGGCUCAGGCAGUUUCAGUAAACUUACUUUACAGGUGCUAGACUACUUACCCAUUGAGGCCGCAGAGAAGGUCAUUGUUUACGACUCAGGUCAAUCAGCCAUUUCUUCCCCCAAUACAAGAAGAUGGGAAAUUGAAAAAGACCUUGUAGAUUUUCCCAUUCAGUCAGCUGGCAGUAUUCUCACCAUUCAGCUCAAGUUAAAUGGACAGUUGUCUGGAAGACUGGCAUUUGCAGUUAUCUAUACAAGCACAUACCAAGCACCGCCAUGGCUAAUUACUGCAGUGACCAACACUUCAUUCACUGGCAAUGACCAAGGCAUAGUGACCAAACAUUAUAACAGUCCUUCCAAUAGGAGACUCGAGUUGUUCCAUCGACACAAAGUGGAAGAGAUUUAUUUUAAAGAUCUUAAAGUACUACAGACUGUUAGACAUGCCAUGCACAUGCCUAGUGUUACCAAGUUUACAGAAGACUACAUCCCAACAUAUGAAGACAUGACUAAAGCUGAACGAGUGGCUAAGAUCAUCUACACUGUGUUCCAAUCCAUAUUCAUGAAUAACAGUUAUGGCAUCCUUGCAGAGCACAACCAUGUUGAUUUUGCCAAUAAUGUCUGGCAGUGGAAAAUUGACCAUGUGGUCAUGAUGGGCACACGCCAGGGUGGAGUAGAAAUUGAAGUGCCUCGUGUGAAUGAUGAGACUGAAAGAGAAAUUCAUGCUGUGCGAUUGGUGGAUUCAACUUUCCAGGAUAAUCGUAACUUUGCUUUUACUGUGGCAGGUUAUUUUGCCUUGGUAGAUAUCAGUAGAAACCUUUUUACAAACAACUAUUGCUUGCUGGGAUUAGUGUCACUUAAGGGAAUGGAAAAAAAUUUGACUAUUAUCAGUAAUCAGAUACGAACAAAUGUUGGUCGCUACAUGAUAGACAUGGAUAUUUGGAGUCACUCUGAAUAUUUCACUGAGCUGAUAGGACGGAUAGAUCUAAAUGAUAUUAUUGACAACCGAUAUGAAGGUGUUGAACCUCCAGGGGCAGCUUACAGUCCCAAAACAUAUGCAGUUGGGGUAAAAGGUGUUCAAACUUUAGGUGGAAAUCGUAAUAUAUUUGUUAACAAAAAUCUUGGUUAUGAGUUUGUGGCUGGUACUUAUGCUCUGACAUUGAAUAAAACAAUGGACUUAACACUCAACUACUGGGGAGUCGUUGAUCAGCCAAGCAUACGCCGGAGGAUAUUUGAUUUUGAUGACUGGAACAAUUAUGUCAUUGCUGAAUUUUUCCCAUAUCUCUCUAUACCAGAUCGUAAUUCUACCCCAACAACUGGAAUAAGAGAAGAAAUAUAUCUAGAUCCUAACCAUUUAGGUGGUAGAGUAGAGAAAUCACAAGCAUUGAUGGAAAUAGGCAAACCUUACAUCGUGAAAUCUGAUUUAACAAUUAUGCCUGGAGUAACUCUGACUAUUCCUCCUGGUACAGAGCUGCAGUUUCUACCAAAUGUAGGAAUUCUAGUUCUGGGACGCCUUGUUGCUGAUGGACUUGCAUAUUCAAGGAUAAAAAUGCGACCCCUUCAGCCAGGAGUAAUUGCAACUACUACUCGUAAGAGAAGAGACCUAGAUAUAGCACCAGUGUGGUCAAACUAUGGACGCAGAAAAAGAGACUACAAUAUAGAACCCACUAAGAGGGUGAAAAGGGCCACAGCUAAUCUUCGCCUAAGAGGGGAUGGAACUCUAUUUAAAAAUGCAGGAUUUCUGGAGAUGUAUAAUUCUACCACCAAAACUUGGAACAUGAUGUGUGACAGUCAGUUUAAUGAGAAGACUGCUGAGGUGGUCUGCAGAGAGUUGGGAAAAGAGACCAUAAAUGUCAAGGUCAGAUUCACUCACCUCUACGACUAUUACAUCUAUGGAAAGCCACAGUACUUCAGAAAAGAAUUUUGGUACAACAUUUACAACUGCCGUGGUGAUGAAACUUCCCUGAGCCAGUGUAUAACGAGGUACAACUACAAUAUACUCUCCUGUGUUUUUGCUGCCAACUACACAUUUGUUACCUGUGGGGAUAGAAACUUGGACCAGAAGCUCGACUAUUGGGGCAACAUCAGGUUUGCCACUCAUAUUUAUGAAGAGCAGCCCUUACAAGCUGAUAUCGGCUUAGAUCGUUCAUCCUUGACAUAUGUUGACAUAGAAGGAGCUGGUUAUCUUCAUGGAGAGAAGGUUGGAGCCAUUCAGACCACAUACACCACUCCGAUAUUUUCAAACAUCAACAUCACAAACUGUGCUGAGAAUGGAUAUGAUAUCAUAGCCCCAAGGCAAGAUCUCAAUAUCCAGUUUCAGAAUAUAUCCAGAAACUUGGGCUAUGGAGUCAAUGUACUUGUUCUGAAUGGAGAAUCCAGUACUAGGCAAUCAUCUUUUCUACCUUUUGGCUUGAACACAAUGCCUUAUAAUGUUUAUGGUCUUGUGGACAUUUGCAGGCUGGAAAAACAAAUCUUUUUAGAAACUAGAAUGAUUCUCUACUACAAAUAUGGACAACAGCAGAGAGACUGUGUCAAAAUAAUAAGUUCAAGAAAAAAUGUUGGCCUUCGAUUUUUGCAAAUCAAUCUUUUUCAAGAAGAUUUUACAAGGAAUAUGAUAGAAAUCUUUGAUGGUACAGAUGUCAGUGAAAGCAGUCGUAUAGGAAGAAUUUUAGCCAAUAGCAGUGAUACAGACAUUCAAAAGUUGUAUUUAACCACAAGCAACACAAUGUCUGUCCAUGUGCAUGCUUCAGUCAGCCAUGGAACUUAUGGUUUCAUUGCAGAAGUUGUUAAGAUGCCUCUUGCUGGCUUAACAUAUCCCAACAGCGAAUUCACACACAAAAUUCAGAAUGCUGAAAUUCGAAAGAAUGAAGAUGGAGCUAUUCAGUACAAAAAUGUGGGAGAGACAACUCCGUCUUUGUUCAUAGAACAUUGCUACAUGAGUGAAAAUGGCUUCUCAAUUCUCAACCUCACAUCCCCACCCACUAUUGAUAUCUCACUACAGAGUACAAUCACCUUCAGAUUUUCACACAAUCAGAUUUCCUACAAUUCUGGAGGAAUGUAUCUCUUUGCUCAUACUUCAGCAAUCAACUCUGCUUUACGAGGUAACAUGACAAACAAUAUGUUUGCAUUUGGCAGAAAUGGGGAGGCCCUGAACAUAUCUGGUCACUACUUCCAGAGACUAAUGCUACACCAGAACUACUUUUACAACUACACAGCAGGCGACUUCAGGGAUGUUGUUCACAUUAAGAAUGUUGUGGUUAAUUUGACUCACAAUUAUAUCCUUAAAAAUAUUGGCCACUAUAUUCUCCAUAUUUAUAACAAUGAUGACAGUACUGAGAGCCAGCUAUAUGCUCGCAAUGGAAUCUAUGAUAACAAUGCUACAGCACUCAGAGAGAGUACCAUUAAAAUAGGUCAAGGACGACCAAAAUUUACAUACAACUACUUGGUGAAUAACUUGAAUGAUUUUGAAGUUGAGACUUAUCCUAAACCUCAGCUGGAUACUAGAAACAUUGAUGCCAAAGACAACUGGUGGGGAUCUGAACGUCAGGCUUACAUCAAUGGCAAAAUUUUUGAUGUAUCUGAUGACAUUAAUUUAGUCCAGGUGGAUUUUUGGCCAGCAAUAAUUGACAAUAGGUCUAUGGUGGAAGCAAACUGUUUACCAGGAUGGGUUUAUGACAAUAAACGCUGUUACAGAUAUAUGGGUGGAGCUGUUCCCUAUGAUAGAGCCAAAGAGUUUUGCCAGUUGCAUGGGGCAUUUUUAGCUGAAGCACGAGAUAGAGAAGGAUUUUUUAAUUACUUGAUGCGUCUAAUGCUAAUAGAUCAAACCUGGGCGCCUAGAGUGUGGGUCAUGUCAGAUAUUUCUAGAGGUCGAUGUGCAGCUUUUGAAAAGACUUACCUGGUCUAUGAACAAGACUGUGCUCGACUGUACUACCCUUUUAUCUGUGAGACAGAUCCACAAGUCACAGCGCCAACAGAACUGAUUGAUGCUAUAAAUGCCAUGAUUAUUGGUUUAUCAGUUGGCAUUGGCAGUGUAAUUAUCAUCAUAAUCAUUAUUGUAGUCAUUCUUUGGUGUAUCAAGUCCAAGCGCCGUGAAAAGGAGAGAUUUGAGCGAACUGCAUCAAUUAGGUCAUCAAUAAAUAAUCUCAACAAAAUAAAUGGCUCACUACGAGGGACAAGGUCCACUCUUACUGUUUUGUCAGAGGGAAUGUCCAAGAGGCGUCUUGAUGAUUUAGAUGACAGGUCAGUAGCUACUUCCGUAGCUAAGUACUCCCAUAACUCAGCUUCAAGUGAUGAUAUGGCAGAGAGUGUAAGCUCAGGCUUUGAAGCUGUUGUAGUACCACAGCAGCAGCAGCAACAAAGACUUCAACAGCAGAGGUCUCAACAGCAACAGAUGCUAAGGGCACAACAGCAGCAACAAAGAGCUCCACAGCAGCAACUACCCCUGAGACCUCCACAGCAGACACAAACCUCAGGUCGUCUUGUUCAUAGUCUGCGCCCUGACAGAUCCAAACCAAUGGGUAGAAAUCAGGCUACAGCUGGUCUGGCUGAGACAAACAGGUAUAAAAGUGAAAAUCGAGCUCAAGAUGAUCAAAAGGAGUUUGAUGAAGAAAGCUCUGAUGACUCUGUCAAUAAAAAUGACUUUGACUCUGAUUCUGAUAGCACUUUUGAUGAGGAUGAAGAAGAUGAACAAGAGAAAAGGAUAGAAGGUAAAUCACAAGGAAGACUUGUUCAAAAACCUAUUCCACCUGUGAAGCCAACUUCUGCAAGACUAGCUAGGGAAGACUCAGUGGACAGUGACUCCAGUGCUCAGCAAUCCAACAGCAGCCAUUCAGUAUCCAGCUUCACUGACCCGAUUUUAACUCCAACAAAAAAUAUAUUCCCCCCUAGAAGUACAUCAAAGGAUAAUUUAGAUUCUAGAGUGCAUCAAAGCUUGCCAGAAGCAAGUUAUCCAGUGGCAGCACCCCGCCCAAAACCAGCUCCCCCCUCAAGAUCAAGAGUGGAAGAAAUCAAACAACCACUAGUUUCAGACCAUGGGCGUUGGUCCCCAACAUCCACAGAUUCUCAAGGCUCACAGCAAGGUGCCCACAGGCUUUAUUCAAAUCAGCCAGGACCACAGCAACCAGAUUAUGAUUCUGUUUAUAACAGUAAACCCAAUCUAUAUAAAAACAUACAAGGAUCAUCACAGAGCUCUAGCAGAGGACCUUUGUAUGACUCAGUGUAUGAUGGCACACCAUCUAAUGGUUCCAAGUCAUCUGAAAGAUAUGAACCUAUGGAAUACAGGAAUGAAUAUGGUGUGGAUCAAGCACCUGACACUGACUACAUGCCAAGAAAUAUGGGGGGUAACACAUUUGGCCGCAACCCCUUGGCACCAUCCAAAAUGCCUAAUGAUUACAGGGGGGCCUCUGUUUCUGAUUCAGUCUCAGCCUCUUUGCCAUCAGAUGCAAACUUCAUGCCAAGGAAAGCAAAACAUGCUACAAUAUCUAGCAGGCUUGAGCCAUCUCUCCCUUCUAAAUCAGGGAGCAGUGUAGGUCCAUCCUUGGAUAGAUCAUACCAGAACCAGAAUUUCCCUUGUGGAAGCAGAGACAAUUUGAACUCACUACCUCGCCCUCCGCCAUACAGUGAUACAAUGAUGAACCCAUCUCGAUCACAAAGUAGAGACAAGUUGAAUCAGAACUAUAGAGGUAGCAGAGAAAACCUGGAUGAACCCCCACCAUAUUCUCCAGGUUCUGCUGCAGUGUCUUUGAAUUCUGGAUCUAGUAAUGUUUUGUAUCUAAGCAGUGGAGCUCGCCCCAAGAAACACGAAUCAGUAGAAACUGAAAUUUAGAAAUAAUAACUUAUAUUUCCAUUCUGGUAAAGCAGCACACACAUGUAUAUAUAUAUAUUUAUAUUUCAUUCCUCAAUUUUAUUAAGUUUUAGUCACAACUUUUAAAACCUUCUCUGUUCACCUUUUAGAACAGCCUAGUUUACUUUAUGUAUAAAUAUACACUUCUAUCCAGAAUGAACUAAGAUAAUUAGGAAAAUAACAAAUGUAUCAAUCAUUUCUGUAAUAUUUGUAUGAACAAAAGAAUCAGAUUUUGCUCAGUCAAAAUAAUUACUUUCACUAUUUUUGUUCAGCUGAAAGUAAAUAUUGAAUUAGUUUUAUUAUAGUUUGUUUAAUGGCACUGUCAGCGCUCACAGCAGAGAAGAUUGGUUUAGUUCUAAUUUUGUUUCUGUUCAUUUAAAUUAUCUAUCAUUCUACUAUCUUCAUAUGUUUCACUAGAUGUAGAUGUUCAAAUAUAAGAGUAUAAUGAUUAUAGUAUAAAUUAAUAUUCAUUCUGAAUUCAUGUCUUCUGUGAUUCCCUUCAUUUUAUUGUCAGAUUGUUUUUGUAUCUCCUAAUCAGAGUUUACAGCACUACAAUUUAUGUUUGGGCUUCUUUCAUGUUGUGUGACAAAUGAUUAUCUCAUUUUAGUUUGAAUUUUAUGGUCAAAAUAUUUCUAUCCAUUUUUAUUGAGUAUAUUGAACAUAAAUGAUCAUAAUCCUACAAGAUCAGGCAAGCCUCAUUGAAUUUCACUGGAGCAUGGAGACUAUUUUGUGACAGAAUAUAUCUCUCAGUGCUGUGCAAUGUAGGAUUAUAAUAAUAAGUGAAAUAAACUAAACUUUGACUGAAGUUUGUCACCCAAAGAAAUCCAGCAUCAGUUUAAAGGAAAGUAGACUGCUGUACAAUUCCUCUGAUAGUAUAUAUCUUACCUUCUUGGAAGAGUUAGGUAUUUGUUAAAAGAUAAAUAAAAACUCACUUCUUGUCACAUCAAUAUUUUGUCAAAAUAAUUGUCAACUAUUCUUGAAAAAAAUGUAACAAUGUGAACUGAAGAAAUUCAACUCAAAGUUAAAUUAAGUUUAGUAUGGUGUAAUUUUGGUAUAUAAAUGUCCCCUACUUAUAAAGUAUUGACCUUUGUUUAAAAAAAAAACUAAAAAUUCCAUCACUUCAAAUCACAUUAACAUCUUUGUUAAAAAGAAAAAAGUGAGAGCUAAUUUUAAAAAUAGUUUAACACCAUUCAUACCACAGGCUAGGCUAUCAUACCAUAGACAUCAUCCAGGGCCGGUCUUAAGCCACUGCAUCCUGUGCGGCCACAAUAGGCCCCUCACUUUCAUAGGCCCCGCGUGAAAUCUGAGUGUAAAUUAUUAAAUUAAACCAUUGUAACUUAUUAUUAAAGGGUUCCUAGAAUUCUCCUAAAAUUGCAAAAUAUAUGAAAAAGUCACGAAAACCUCCUGAAAUUAUUAAAAUCUUCUGAAAACUCGUGCAAAUCUCGUUAAAAAAACAGAAAAUAAAAUUCAGUUCUAGGUGUCAAUCAAUAUGGAAAAUGCCAAUCCUUCUCGCGAUGAAAAAAACAACGCAUUGUCAGCUUUCAUUUAAUAUAAAUUUAGUAUUAAGACGAAUUUUAACCUAAACAAGAAGUUCAACUACAUAAUUUACUUUAAUAGUCACUUGCAUAUAAAUAUAGAUCUAAAUCUAUUUUGACCUCUUAAAAACAAAAACUAAAAGUGAUAUUUUGCAAGUCAAUAGUAAAUCUAAAAAGCAGAUCUGAAUGUUUAUUGGCUUUUUGUGGGAAAACCACUAUCUACUGUAGAUGGCUCGUAAAGUUAAUUUGACAGUCAUUUUGUACUUAGUAAAGUAUGAAUAAAGAUGGCUCGUAAAGUUAAUUUGACAGUCAUUUUGUACUUAGUAAAGUAUGAAUAAAGAUGGCUCGUAAAGUUAAUUUGACAGUCAUUUUGUACUUAGUAAAGUAUGAAUAAAGAUGGCUCGUAAAGUUAAUUUGACAUUCAUUUUGUACUUAGUAAAGUAUGAAUAAAGAUGGCUCGUAAAGUUAAUUUGACAGUCAUUUUGUACUUAGUAAAGUAUGAAUAAAGAUGGCUCGUAAAGUUAAUUUGACAGUCAUUUUGUACUUAGUAAAGUAUGAAUAAAAUGCAAAGACACUUUUAUUUUCUAAUACAAAAAUCUUAAUUUUCACUUAUUAUCCUUAUUCCUACCCAGACUAGGCUCCAUGCAAUCCGUUUCGCAAAUUGCCCAGCAAUCUGUAGGACAGGCCCUGACAUCAUCUAAUCAUACCAUAGACAUUAUCUAAUCAUACUUGUCAUCCAAACAGUAAAAUACCAAGCACUAUUUAGAAAUGCAUAAUUUUGUCAUUUUGUAUGAUUUAAUUUUUUUUUUGUUAUAUUGCCCACCCUGUAGUUUCAUAGGAAAACAUUUUUACUUUGUCUCUAAGCUUUGUAUUUGUACAUAAUGUAUUAUUGAUGACUAAAUUUGAGCAAAUCUUUUGUUGGUCUUGGACUCAAAUUUUGUUGUUUUUUACUUUGUCAUUUGUUCACUUGAAGUGACAGUUGGACAUGCACUAGAACUGUGUUCUGUCAGACUCAAGCCAAUAAAAAAUACUAUAUACAAGACUUGUAGACAUGUUCAAACUAUGUUUAGUGUACAGUCUAAAUCAAUAGCAUCAUUCAUCAAUUACUUUUAGUAUUUGGUAUUCUUUUAAAACCUUUGACAGGUUUUGGAUUUCUGGCCAUUUUUGAAAAUGCAAAAAUGUAUAUUUUAGUAGUAUGACAGUGACACAAUAUUUUAUUUAGAAUUCACUUUCAAAAUAAGUAUAGUUAUUUUUUUUUUUUUUAAUUAUAAGAGUUUUUGUAGAUCUAUACAUUUUGUUAAUGUUUUCAUUGUUAUGUAAUGAAUUAUGUUUUUACCCAUUUGCCUUGUACAUAUAAAAAAAAUGUGAAGUUGAUAAAGUGAGAGACCUUGCCUUAGUUUCAGUAACUGAACUCAGGAGUGUUCCAUUUUGUUUCCAUCUCUUGUGUUAAUAAAUCAACUGUUACAUGUUCAGACAAAACAUUCCUAUGUAGAGAGAGAUAUUUAAAAGACAUUUAUACAUAUAAUAUACACUUAUAGAGAGAUAAGGCAUAUUUUAUGUGAUGUUUCUUUUGAUAAAUAAUUUAAUGUGUAUAUGAAAUUAAACCUAAAUCUAACAAGCUUAUUUUGGCAGUUUAACUCUUUUUUUUUUUGUGUUCCUUAUUUUCAAAGCAGUAAACUUUUUAUUGCUGCCAUUUGGAUGAAAGUCAGUCCCUAUUGUCCUGAACAAAGAAAUGGUUUGCAUGCCUUUGCUCCAACACUACAUGCUGCCAGUGGUUGAAGUUGAAGUCUAUAGAUAUACAGACAUAAUCAUCUUCUUUUUUGAAGUAACGUCUGUAUCAUAUAAGAUAAGAAGAUACACCUGAAAAUAUGUGUAAAUCUGUUGUGUGAAUCAAAAACUACUAGUACAUAAUUUUAUUUAUGUAAUAGUCAUUUCUGUAGAUCCAAAUUUUAAAAUCUAUCAGGAUUCUGCAUUAAAUCUUUUGACAGUAAUUCUAUAUUUUCAUAUCUUAUCUUCUUAUCUUAUAUAAUACAGAUGUUACUUCAAAAAAGAAGAUGAUUAUGUCCUACGCUUCAUGCAUUCAGUCAUGCAUAAUGCAUGACUUGGUUUUCACUACCUAACAAGGAUACCCUAAAAGUCAAGGCAGUAAGCCAUUACAAAUUUCAAGUUACUUCAAUUAAUGUGUAAUGUUGUGGAAUAGUCAAUAGUUAACUCCCCUUGGGAGACCAAGGACAUUUUAAGAAAGAAAUUACAAAUGAUUUUGUCUCCAGUGGUGAGGGAAAGUUCAACUAUUAGGUUGAAACAUCUAUUUACAUUUCACAGACUGAACUACACAACAAAAUACAGAUUAAUAAGGCAGUAUUGAUAAACAGUCAUAAAAACAAUAACAGUGAUUAUUUUAUAUUUGUGGUUUUAUUUAUUAUAAAUAAAUACAGUUGACUUCUUAAAAACAUAUUUACCUUACCCAAUGUUAUAAGCCAAACAAAACAUUACUAUAUACAAAAGUCCAAGACUUGUAGAACCUAAUAGACAUUGUUUAUAGAUUCAAAGUUAUUAACAUUGAAUGAUUGAGUUAGCACAAGCACUAGCUGACUAUACAAAGAACUAGUGUAUUUUAUUGAAUUUAAAAAUAUUUCCAUUGUUCAACCAGAUAGUUUGUACAUGUAUGUAACCCUAGAAUGAUAUAAUAAAGACAUCUUAACCAUUUCAACAAGUCUAUAAAACCAAAAUCAUGUAAUUCAUUAAACAUUGAGUAAUUCAAACACAUUUGAAGGUUACACAACUUCAUUUUGUUAUAUUUCACACUAUCAACAGAAUUCUUCAAACUGAAAGCUCAUAAAUGUUCUAUCCCAUCAUGUCAUAGGGUUACCACCUGUACACCUCAUUAUUUUCACAAGAUGGCACCUAGGAUCACUUCCUGGAAAGGUUUGGCUUAGUUUCUAUCAUGUUACAGCAUUUAUGACAUGAAAGAAAGAGCUCAGGCCCAAUGAGAAGGAAACAUAAAGUACAAUAUAGAAAUAUAAACAUUUCAUUGUAGGAGAUCAAUGAGUGAACAAAUAGUCAUUGUGGGACUAGAAAGUGAAGUUUCAAGUAGAAUUUAACAAAUUGUAAAGACAAAUGUGUCAGUUAAUUAUAUACAACAUUGCAUUUUUAUAAAUGAAAUUUUUCAUGGCUGAAGAUGUUCCUUUUUACCCUAAUAAUUUUAGAUAUAAUAAAAAGAAAUGAGAUACAAAAAAGCUGCAUGUUUGUAUGAAUGUAUUUGCUCUUCUUGUUUGUAAAAUGUUUUGUUCUUUAUGUUAUAGAAACACAACAAAUGAUUAAUGUGGGCAAUACUUAGUAACAUAAACAAGAAAUAUUUAACAUUGGUCAUUGUUUUGUUUUUUAUGGUUCAAAUGUUUCUUCAGAUAAUUACAUCCUAGCUUAGUGGGCAGUUUGAACCCAGGACAAAUGAGACAAGAGUCCAGAGUGCAUACCACCAGACCAACAACAAACUGCCAUGGAUAUCACAGAAUAUUAUGUGUAGAUGUUCAGUGAACACAUUUCUUACAUUUGUCUUUU